AGCAGAGAACUUUUCCACACCCGGACGCCACGGUUCCUGCAACACAGGACCACUAUUGCCUCUUCACAUCCUACCCGAGAGAGCAGAAAGGUGACCUCUGAGGAUCUGAUAGUUUUAUGGGAAUCAAAAAGGUGGAGUUCGCGGCCUCUUUCUUUAACUGGACUAGCUCCCAGCUCCUCUCCACCUCUCUCCCCAACAACCGGGCUUUUCACCAACGCGCAAGCGCACUUCCUGCCGUCCGCGCCAAGGCUGGGCCGACUCUCUUGUCUCGCCAUUUAAAUCAAACGGUAUUGAGAUGGAUUGGGUUAUGAAACAUAAUGGUCCAAAUGACGCUAGUGAUGGGACAGUACGACUUCGUGGACUGCCAUUUGGUUGCAGCAAAGAGGAAAUAGUUCAGUUCUUUCAAGGGUUGGAAAUCGUGCCAAAUGGGAUAACAUUGACGAUGGACUACCAGGGGAGAAGCACAGGGGAGGCCUUCGUGCAGUUUGCUUCAAAGGAGAUAGCAGAAAAUGCUCUGGGGAAACACAAGGAAAGAAUAGGGCACAGGUAUAUUGAGAUCUUCAGAAGUAGCAGGAGUGAAAUCAAAGGAUUUUAUGAUCCACCAAGAAGAUUGCUGGGCCAGCGACCGGGACCAUAUGAUAGACCAAUAGGAGGAAGAGGGGGUUAUUAUGGAGCUGGUCGUGGAAGUAUGUAUGACAGAAUGCGACGAGGAGGUGAUGGAUAUGAUGGUGGUUAUGGAGGUUUUGAUGACUAUGGUGGCUAUAAUAAUUAUGGCUAUGGAAAUGAUGGCUUUGAUGACAGAAUGAGAGAUGGAAGAGGUAUGGGAGGACAUGGCUAUGGUGGAGCUGGUGAUGCAAGCUCAGGUUUUCAUGGUGGUCAUUUUGUACAUAUGAGGGGAUUACCUUUCCGUGCAACUGAAAAUGACAUUGCUAAUUUUUUCUCACCACUAAAUCCAAUCCGAGUGCAUAUUGAUAUUGGAGCUGAUGGCAGAGCAACAGGAGAAGCAGAUGUAGAGUUUGUGACACAUGAAGAUGCAGUAGCUGCCAUGUCUAAAGAUAAGAAUAACAUGCAACAUCGAUACAUUGAACUCUUCUUGAAUUCAACUCCUGGAGGCGGCUCUGGAAUGGGAGGUUCUGGAAUGGGAGCCUAUGGCAGAGAUGCAAUGGAUAAUCAGGGAGGCUAUGGAUCUGUUGGAAGAAUGGGAAUGGGGAACAAUUACAGUGGAGGAUAUGGUACUCCUGAUGGCCUGGGUGGUUAUGGCCGUGGUGGUGGAGGCAGUGGCGGUUACUAUGGGCAAGGUGGCAUGAGUGGAGGUGGAUGGCGUGGGAUGUACUGAAGCAUAACCACCGAUACAGAAGUCCUGACAACAGCAUCUGGUCUACUAGACUUUCUUACAGAUUUAAUUUCUUUUGUAUUUUAAGAACUUUAUAAUGACUGAAGGAAUGUGUUUUCAAACUAUUAUUUGGUAAAGCAACAGAUUGUGAUGGGAAAAUCUGUUUUCUGUAGGUUUUAUUUGUUGCAUACUUUGACUUAAAAAAAUAAAUUUUUAUAUUCAAA